UUACGCAGUUUUAAUCUGUGCCUUUUACAGAUCAUUGCGGACAAGGCUUCCUGCCUGCCCCAUUCGCCUGUUCUGUUCAAUCAGUGUUAGUGUUGGACAGCAUAUUGAUAUCGUUCUAGUUUUACAAUUAAAAAUAUUAAUCAUAUCCAAGCAAUAGGAGAGUAGACAGGUAGACAGGGCUGGAGGUGAUUAUAUUUACCAUAUGCAAAGCCAUCUGCUUAUUUUUGUGCUAUAUUCUUAAUGGUCUGGGCAGAUAUACCGGGGUGGUACAGAGAGUAUAUACCCGAGUAGAUCUGCGGGAGCCAGCCCAGUUCUGGACAAGAUUAAUAGCCUUAAAUCAGUACUUAGGCACCUACAUCAACAGCUGUGGCAGCCUCCAGCUUUCUGCACACUGACCCACUCGGGUAUUUGCUUUACACUUUCAGUAUACAGUAUUCACAGUAUCCAGUUGUAUCAUCACUUACUGUCAACUACCCUCACCCCUUCCAGCUCCCCAUUUCCCCUUACCCCACAUAAUUAACUGGGCUUUUAGCUAAUCAAGUCAAACAUUCUCUAUAGCAAUAACUUCAGAGUGCAUCUGUUCACUUAAUGAACCUUUAGUGUCUUUGAUGUCUUAAUGUCUGGUUCAGUCCACUGAAUAUAUCCUUAUUUAAUGAGAAUUUUCAUGGCUGCAUUCACUUUGGUAUUUCUAGUCUUAAUUCAAUACAGUUAUGGGAAAUUACUCUGAGGGUCUGCUCCUGCAAUCCAGAAGAACCCCCAGUUGGAGAAAGUAUGUAUAUUGCAUCCUUUCUUAGCUCUUCUUCCCCUCCAGUGGCUAAAGUGCAACAGAUGGAUUUCAUAGGCAAAGUGGCACUAACUACUGUAAAAGGGGCAGGAUGAUACUGAUUGACUACAGGAAGCCGCAAAACAGUGAAGACCCUCCUUUCCCUGCUUCGGUUUCUUCACACCCCAAAUGCUACAUCUGUGCUUCUAGGAUAUAAAUAUGCCCUCUUGCCUGAUAAAGAGCACUUGUUUUCUUGAUUAGCACUUUAUAAAUAGCUCUUGUGGAGAAUUAUUACUAACAGCGUAUAUUAGUACCCACAUUUUUUCUGCAGAUCUCUGCAGAAUUUCACAGAUCUAGUUGUGGGAUUGAUACCUUUAGUAGCAAGAUUGUGCCAAAAUUAGCUUUUGAAUGCCACGAUAGACAUAUCUUUCUCAUUUGAGAGACUGUUCCCAUGUCAGUAAUCAGAAAGGUUAAUCAUUAAAGAAAGUCUGGGAUUGAACUCUUGGUUUAAACUUUGAUACAGAGUAUGUGAAGUACACUGUGUCUUUUGCAGAAUUAAGAAAGAGUUUCAGCUGCAGAACAUAACUCAUUCAGCCAGUGGAAGAUAAGAUCCAAGCUCCGUCCAUUUCCCUAAAGUCCUCUGACUUGUGCACUGUUUAACCUAAGGAUGGCAUCCACUCUGGAUCUGAAAGAAGCAACUGGCAGCCAAAGUUCAUGGGAUACUUUGAUACCAGAUUUCCCUAAAGGACCGCUUUGCAAAUAUCGUAAGAAAGCUUCCUUCAAUUGGAAGGAAAUGGCUGUGUUUUUAGAUGGGGAAGAUAUCAUCCAGCACAAGAAUAAAAUCUUCUCUGCUUUAGAAAAUGAUCCUUUCUUUGCACAUCAUCCUGGCGAAGAUUUGAGCCAUGAGAAAUAUCGGGAGCUGACAUUCCUGCGCUGUAAAAGGCUCUUUGAGUAUGACUUUCUUACUCCACAAGAGAUCACAGAGAAACCAUUAAAGAUAUUAAAUAUGAUUAACUGUUUAGGGAUGUAUGAUUGGUCUCCGUGUCUCAAAUAUUUUUUACAUUGCGGUGUAUUUGCAGGUACAAUUUUGAGUGCUUCUAAGAGGUUUGCAGACUUUGUGAAACAAGUUUAUAGCAUGGAGAUUUUUGGAUGUUUUGCUCUUACUGAACUCAGCCAUGGGACUAAUACCAAAGGCAUACGAACUACUGCCACGUUUGACCGCAGCACUCAGGAAUUUAUCAUCAACACUCCUGAUUUUGAAGCUGCAAAGUUCUGGGUUGGUAAUAUGGGGAAAAAUGCUACUCAUGCAGUUGUGUAUGCCCAACUCUAUACUCCUGAUGGACAAUGCCAUGGAUUGCACUCCUUUAUUGUACAGAUUCGAGAUACAAAAACUCUCCUACCAGUGCCAGGUGUGAUGGUAGGUGACAUAGGAAAGAAGGUUGGGCAGAAUGGAUUGGAUAAUGGAUUUGCCAUGUUUCAUAAUAUCAGGAUACCUAAAGAAAACAUACUGAAUUUUGCUGGAGAUGUCACAGCUGAGGGAAAAUACUCAAGCUCUUUCAAGGAUGUUAAAGAUCGUUUUAGUGCUUCUCUUGGGUCCUUGUCCACUGGCAGAGUUCUGAUUACAUCAAUGUCCGUGACCAAUUUGAAGCUUGCCUUAUCAAUAGCCAUUCGCUUCUCAGCAACUCGCCAUCAGUUUGGACCAACUGAUGAAGAAGAAAUACCUGUUCUUGAAUACCAAACACAGCAAUGGCGCCUCCUUCCUUAUCUAGCUGCUGCAUAUGUGUUAGAUUAUUUCUCCAAAUCCCUAUUUGAGAACUUUGUAGAAUUUUAUGCAGGCUUAUUGACGAAGCAAAGGAGUCAGAGACAGGCUGAUUUGGGACGUGAGAUUCAUGCCUUAUCUGCUGCCAGCAAACCACUGUCUUCUUGGACUGCUCAGCAGGCAGCCCAGGAGUGCCGAGAAGCUUGUGGAGGACAUGGUUACCUUGCCAUGAAUCGUCUAGGUGAAAUUCGUAAUGACAAUGACCCAAACUGCACAUAUGAAGGUGAUAAUAACGUCCUGCUUCAGCAAACCAGCAACUACUUAAUGAGCUGGAUGAAUUGCAUAAGAGAGAAAGCUCCUUUCGAAUCCCCUUUUGGAACAGUAAACUUUUUGCAGAACUACCACCACAUCCUUGGCCAGAAAUUCUCAGCCAUUAGUGUUGAAGAUUGCAUGGACUCUUCAGUUCCUUUAGCAGCAUAUAAAUGGCUGGUUUGUUACCUGCUCCAAGAAAGUGAUCUAAAGCUGAGCCAGGAGAGGCAGUCUGGGCGAAGUGAUUUUGAGGCAAAAAACAACUGUCAGGUGUACUACUGUCGAUCAUUAGCCAUUGCUUUCAUUGAACUAACAGUCUUACAAAGAUAUCAUGACUACACUCAUGAUCCCAACGUACCAUCUACUCUGCAGCCUGUGCUUAAGAACCUCAGUGCUCUGUAUGGCCUCUGGUCUUUAAGUAAACAUCUGGCGGUGCUCUACCAAGGUGGCUAUGUUUCAGGCGAACAAGCUGGUAGAUUUAUUCAGAAUGCUAUUCUGGAGCUUUGCUACAGGUUGAAAGAUGAUGCCGUUGCCUUGGUUGAUGUCUUUGCUCCUCCUGACUUCAUUCUCAACUCUCCCAUUGGCAAAGCUAACGGAGAGUUAUACAAAAAUAUGUGGGCCGAGAUCCUUCAAGGCAGCAAAGCUCUGAACAGACCUUCAUGGUGGGCAGAAUUUUGUAUUAAUAAACCUGUUACAGGCAGGCUGAGGUCAAGAUUGUAAAUGAAACAAUUUGUAAGAGGCCGGAUAACACUGAGAUGGAUACCAUAUUUCAAACAUCAGGAGGAAAUGAGACCAUCUGUCAAACAUGGAAAAUGAAAGAGAUUUUCAUAUAGAGGUGCCAAGUUUUAGAAUAACUUUGAUAUCAAGUCCAACUUGAUCUCAAGGACUGUUGACAUAAUAGUGACAAGAGCAAAAGCAACACAUCUGCACAAUGUUCAUAUUUACUCAGUUAAAUAUAAAAAAUUAGGAUUCAUUAAGAUCAUUGCUUUGCAAAGUGUCUAUAAAUAAAAUGUUCCAAUAGCG